CUUCUCAUUUUCGAUGAAUAAACAGCUUUGCAUGGUGAUUUGGUAAAAUUUCUAUGAUUCCCCACCUUUAAAUUCAAACACUGGUUUUCGACUUUUACAAACACAAUCGCAUCGUUCCAAUCCGUUCGGAUCGAAAUACUCUGAAAGUAAUUACUUCAUGCUGUUCGAUGCUGCAAUUAUAUCAGGCGUAUAAACAUUCUUUGCAAGUUUAAAAUUAGCGCAGCUGAAUUCUCUGCUUGCCAACCAAAUAAACAGUCAGUCAGUUGGAGGGAUUUCUGUUGUUUUUCUUGUUAAGCUUAACAAUGACGACUGUUGUGCCCACUACCGAAGAAGAUCCUGUGCUCGCUGUUGUCCGGUUCACUGCCGAGUUGUCCUGGGCGGAUGCAGGUCCUGAGGUAGCCGAGGGGCAGGUGAAUAGAUUGUUUGUGGAAGCUCAAGAGUGUAUGGUUCAGAAUAGGUGGUUGGAUUUAGCUUCUUUGAUGCUUGCAUCUGCGGAUGUUGUUUUCUCUAAAGCUUCUGAGAAGGACCUUGAAUGUGUUUACACUGUUAUCGGCUCCCUUGUUAAGAGGCUUGAGAACCUUGAUCAAGUGCAUGAGAUGGCAGAGCUUAUAGCCACAAAGGUUACCCAACAGCCUAAUGAAAAGCCAGCACUGCGUUUAAAGAUCUUGUUUAAUCUCUACAACCUGUUGGAGAAUCCGUAUAGCCAGUUCUUUGUGUACAUGAAGGCUCUGAACUUGGCAGCUAAUGGAAAGGUCACCGAGCAUAUUAUACCAACUUUUAAGAAGAUAGAUAACCUCUUGAGGGAGUGGAAUAUUGGGACCAAGGAUAAGAGGGAUCUGUUUCUUGCGGUUGCUCAUAUUUUGAGGGAUACCAAGAGCUCUGCAAAAGAGUCCUUCAAUUUUCUUGUCAAGUACCUGGAAACUUUUAACGGUGAGGACGCAUCAGUCGUGGCUGAAGCUAAGGAAGAAGCUGUCCAUGCCAUUAUUGAAUUUGUUAAGGCUGCUGACAUGUUUCAGGGUGAAUUACUAGAGUUGCCUGCCAUUACCCAACUUGAGAAAGACAGCACACAUGCUCCUGUAUACCAGCUUCUGAAAAUCUUCCUGACACAGAGGCUUGAUGCAUAUUUGGAGUUCCAUUCAUCAAAUUCUAAUUUAUUGAAGAACUAUGGCCUUGUGCAUGAGGAAUGUGUUUCUAAGAUGAGGUUGCUAUCCUUGGUAGAUCUAGGUGCGGAUGGGUCAAAUCAAAUUCCUUACUCUUUGAUUAAGGAUACACUCCAGAUCAACGAAGAUGAGGUGGAGUCAUGGGUUGUGAAGGCUACUACAGCCAAACUAAUAGAUUGCAGAAUCGAUCAGAUCAACCAAGUUGUCAUCAUCAGCCGCUGCACACAGCGUGUGUUUGGGAUUCACGAAUGGGAUUCCCUUCGGGCAAAGCUCGCUUCUUGGAGGGGAAACAUUGCGAAUGUUAUUAACACCAUACAAGCUAACAAGAUUGUGGAAGACACCACUCAAGCAGUGCAAGGUCUGGCCAUUCGUUGAGGUAAAUCUCGAUUGUUCCUAAGUAGAAUGUUAAGAAUCUUAUUAUCAUUAGUAUUAAUGUAUUUUUUAGAGUCUUUGACAGUCAUACAAUUUUGAUUUUGGAAGGCUAUAUUGGUGUCUUUUCUGUGUUAUAUUGUUUGUAUGCACAUGAUAUAUUAAUACUUGCCUUUCCCAUA